AUGUGUGUACGGAACAAGACUCACUCCCGAAACGGCAACAAUGUAACCAUAGCAACGUACUGUAGUUAUCAAAAACAAUGGAAGCCCGCCGUAUAGCGAGUUUUGUUUUAGCUGCAGAUUACAGAAACAACAGACAGAAAAGUCGUGAUAACAUCCGCCAAAUAAUAUUAAACCGUUAUCGACAGAGGCGUCGUUAUUUUUUUCUGCUAUUUAAGUUAUUUCUACUAAACAACCUGCUCUCACUCGACCGUACUGUUUGGGUUGCUCCUAGACCCAUAGGCUGGUGGGAGCAGCUAAGGUGGAGGGAGACAGACUGGAUUCAAAACUUAAGAAUGAGUCAAAACACAUACCUCCAGCUCUGUCAUUUGCUUGCUCCUCACCUAAUGAAGAAAGACACUCAUCUAAGAAAGGCUGUCAGUGUCCAGAAGAGAGUGGCUGUUGCGUUGUGGCGGUUAGGUACACAGGUAGAAUACCGAACCAUAGCUCAUCUUUUUGGUUUAGGAAGAUCAACGGUGCAUGCAAUCACACGGGAGUUCUGCAAAGCUGUCUGCCAACAUUUACAACCCAUUUUUGUGUCCUUCCCAAAUGCCAAUGAGUCCGAGCAAAUAAUAGAUUCUUUUCUCCAUCAGUGGGGAUUUCCACAAGUAGUUGGCUGUCUGGAUGGUACACACAUACAAAUAGAUCGCCCUGAUGGCCCCAAUGCAACGGCCUACUAUAACCGAAAAGGGUUUUACUCCAUCGUCAUGCAGGCAGUAGUUGACCACAAAGGAAUAUUCAGGGACGUGUGCAUAGGCUGGCCAGGUAGUGUGCAUGAUGCCCGAGUGUUUGUAAACUCCGGAUUGUACAGAAAGGCACAGAGGGGCACUCUGUUUCCACCCAUCCCUUCAAAACGCAUUGAAGGCGUCGACAUCCCGUUAUUAAUAUUAGCUGAUCCAGCAUAUCCCCUACUCAGUUGGAUACAGAAGCCAUAUUCAGACAAUGGUCACUUAACAGAUGCUCAGAGGCACUUUAAUUUUAAAUUAAGCCAAAGCAGGAUGGCAGUAGAGAUGGCUUUUGGAAGACUUAAAAGAAGGUGGAGAAGCCUUGCACACAGAUGCGAGCACACCAUCAAGGCAAUCUGUCGCGUGGUGUUAACUUGUGCUGUUUUGCACAAUUUCUGUGAACGAGCGGGCGAAACCAUACCUUUGGAAGACAACAUCACAGAAACGCAUCAACAGGACGUCGACGAAGUUGACCCAGAGGCUAGAGAGGAAGCACAGGCUAUCCGACUUGCACUGACACAACAUCUCGCGGGAGUUCGUUAGGGCCCUCAUAAGAGACAUCCUGCACUCCCUUUCCUGCCGUUCCUCUUCAUCUCUAAGUUGUUCCCUCCUCAUCAAUUCUGCGAACUCUUUUGAGGAAGCACUCAUGAACCUUUGGCCCCAUUCAUCCAUCAAGGACCGCAUUUGGUCCAAUUUUCUUUUCUUUGUUCGACCUAAGCAAAUCACAAUCAUAUUUAGAGAUUUACUUUAACUUAUAUUUGUUUAACUGUUUUAAGUUUAAAUGUGUAAAGAUGAUACACUGUGAUUUGACAAAUUUCAAUGGAAACCUGUUACAAAUACCUGUUAAUUAAAUUUUUAAGUGUUUUAAAUUCAAAGAGCAAAGCCAGAGAGCUGUUAUAUAACAUAUCAAUUGUUUAUGUGAAUAUUUAAAGACUAUGUAAAAACAAAAAUGGAUUUACCAGCAUGUCUAGCAGUUGGGUUACGGCUUCCUUGAUCCACAGUCUCUCCUACAAUGUAAAAUAAAAUGUAAAUUAAAGAAA